GUGAUUGUCGUAAUCGGCUCUCUCAAUGUCGACCUCGUUACUCGCACCGAGCGUGUGCCUGCCGCUGGUGAGACGCUGAUGGCAAAAUCAUUUGACACCGGCUUCGGAGGUAAAGGUGCCAACCAGGCCGUGGCGUGCGCGCGGCUCUCGCGCCCGCAGGCCAGCGCAGGGAGCAAAACUGCUGCCGCCGGAGAAGGCGGUGUAGAAGUGCGCAUGAUCGGAGCAGUGGGAGAUGAUGUAUUUGCUGGAGAUUUCAUUACUAGCCUCGAGCGCGACGGGCUCGACACGACGGGAGUGCAGCGCAUCAAGGAUGAGAAGACAGGUGUCGCGGUCAUUACGGUGGAGGAGCGAACCGGCGAGAAUAGGAUCAUGGUUGCUGCAGGAGCGAAUGCACGGGUUCCUGCAGAAGACUUGGUGCCAAAUGACGCGACAUUGGCGCUGUUUCAACUGGAGAUUCCUUAUGAGGUGGUUUGGCUGAACAUCCGGGAGGCUAAGGCUAAGGGAGUUGAUGUUGUGAUCAAUCCAGCACCCGCAGUCUCCCUGCCAGAGGAAGUCUACCAAGGCCUCGGCCACCUCGUCAUGAAUGAAUCCGAAGCCGCUCUUCUCUCGGGAAAGCCAGCCGAGGAAAUCACCCCAGAGUCGGAUCUCACUGCCAUCGCAAGUGACUUCAUCCGGCGCGGCGUAAAGAACGUGAUCAUAACCCUGGGCGGCAGCGGUGUCUUCUACCAAACUGCCUCCCGCCAGUCUCAGUCUCAGCCCGGCAAGACCAUUUCUGCACAAAAGGUCCAGGUCGUCGACACCACCGCCGCGGGCGACACCUUUGUCGGCGCGUAUGCUGUGGCUGUUGCACGGAGUCUUGCGACGUCAGAGAGCAAGAGCUUCGAUAUCGAUUCAGCCAUUGCAUUUGCGAAUAGGGCGGCAGCGCUGACGGUACAGCGUAAGGGUGCGCAAGCUGCCGUUCCUUGGUUGGACGAAGUGCCGCAGGCUUGA